AUGUUGAACAACCUGAACAUCCUGAACAAUCUGAACAACAUGAACAUCCUGAACAAUCUGUACAAUCUGAACAACAUGAACAAAAAUGAAGAGUGUGCUUCUGUUGAUGAUAGUGAUUCAGAAUGUGAGGAGUUCAAUGAUAGUGACUAUGAUAUGGAUGAGGAUGAUAUUUUGUUUGACAAAAAUGUUGACAAAGAUGCAGAAUUUGUUGGGGUGAAUGAAAAAAAUAAUGGUAAAUCAAUUGAAAAUGAGUUUUUGUCUGAGGGUAUAUUUGAGGAAGAGCAUGAUCUUGAGUCAGGGGAUAGUGAUUCAUUUGAAAGUGUUAGAGGGUCUGAUGAGGAGGAUAAUGUUGUGAAAUUCCCUAAACAUAAUCCUAAAACUGAUAAAAACCCUGAGUUGAAGUUAGGGAUGAUUUUUAGUACAAAAUCAGAGGCUAAGGAUGUUAUUCAGGGUUUCUGCUAUAGAAGAGGGAUGGUGGUUCGUUUUGAUAGGAAUGACAAAAGAAGAUUGAGAGCUAGGUGUACCACAGAGGGGUGUGGGUGGUAUAUUUUUGUUUCACCAAUGCAAAAUGACUCAUCUUGGCAGGUGAAGUGUUAUGAGAAAAACCACAAAGGUUGUUCUUGGAACUAUAAUAAUCCUAGCAUCAAAUCUGGGUGGAUAGGGAAGAAUUUCAUGAAAAAGUUUAAGAAGUACCCUAAGUUAGGAGUCAAUGAGUUUAGGGCUCCUUUGCCACCAAUAUAUGAAAAUAGGCCUGGUAGGCCCAAAAAAUUGAGGAGGAGGCAACCUGAUGAGCCUCCUGCUCCAUCCUCUGAAAGCAGGCUUAAAAAAGUUCAAAAUUCUGUGACGUGUGGUAAGUGUGGUAAAAUAGGCCACAACUCUAGAACAUGCAAGAAUCAUCAAUCUGAGAGUAGAACUCCAGUGGCAACAAGCAUGGGUAGCACUCAAUCUCAGUCACAAUCUAAGUCUCAUACACAAUCUAAGUCUCAGUCUCAAUCUCAGUCUAAACUUCAAUCUCAAUCUCAACCUUCAAGUAUUCAGAAAAGAUCAAAGCUACCUGUUAAGAGGAAGAAAGAGACUGCCACAGUUGGUGGUGUAAACCUAAGUGGAGGCACAAAUAGAGUGAUGCAAUCAUCUUCUGGAACUGGACAAGUCAUUGUAAAGGGAGGUGUAAACUACAUUACUCUUUCAAAUUUAAGAGCUGCAGCUGCUCAAGGGACUUCAAGGCAAGAUGGGGGACAAAAAUCCAUUUGA